CCGCCCCGUUUUCGUGACGUCAGGUCCUUUUCUGACAGCCAUUUUGCUGCUCUGCAUGUGGAUUCCACGAGAAAUCAAGUGAUAGAAAAUCCAGAAUGAAUCAAGAAAAAUUAGACAAGCUCGCUCGUAUGAGUGAACAGGUGCGCAUCGGAGGGAAGGGUGCGAUGAGAAGGAAGAAGAAGGUCAUUCACAGAACUGCCAUGACUGAUGAUAAAAAAUUGACUACUGCUUUGAAAAAAUUGGGGGUCAACCCGAUACCACAAAUUGAAGAAGUAAAUAUGAUCAAAGAUGAUGGAAGUGUCAUUCACUUUGUCAACCCUAAAGUUCAAGCUUCGCUAUCUGCCAAUACCUUCUCUAUCAUUGGACAGUCUGAAACUAAACAAAUCACAGAGAUGCUCCCCGGCAUCAUCAGCCAACUCGGAGCAGAGGGCCUGAAUCAUUUACAGAAAUUAGCUGAAAAAUCUUUACCCACUGGAGUAAUUGGUGACUCAAAAACUUCCACAGAUGAUAUAGAUGAAGACGAUGAGGUGCCAGAACUAGUGGAGAACUUUGAUGUUGCUUCAAAAGGUGAAGGAGUGUAGGGGAACACGUUAUGGCUAUAAGGAUGGUAGAUGUGUGCUUCUCAAAAACCCUGUAUCAACCAAUGUAUCGGGAUAAUCCACAGUCGAGCAGGAAACAGAUGGCUGUGUAUUGAUGUAUUUAUUAAAAGAGGUCAUGUGAAUUUGAUCCUUUUGUUAUCGCCCUUAGCCAUUGUAACUGAUCUAUUACAUUGAAAAUGGAUUAGAACUCCGUCAAAGGGAUUUGAGCACACAUGGCCUCAACAAGAGAAUGCAGAACAAAUAUCAAAAGCUUUGCAAUCUUUUUUAUACAAUUUCUCCCAAACCAAAGGGAAUAAGCAGCUGUUACUGGCUGAUACAGAGAUCUUGUUUACCAUUAAUAUUAAGGAAUUUCCUUGAAAUCUGGGCUCAAUUUUUUUUCAUAUUGUAUCAUGUAAAUAUGCCUUUUAUUUCAAGGAAACAAUAAAGGUAUUGAUAAAAAAAGGAA